AUGGAGCGGCAGCAGAGCAGGCGACAUAAAUCAACAGCUGGCGCGCUGCGUGCGGGCUACUCCACUCCUGAUCCCCUGAUCCUGAUCACAUCAGAGACACGGACGGCACCGGAAACGGAGCCCGAAAAGAAAUCGCACCAGAUCGCAGAACCAAAAAGAAUCAAAACGAUCGGGGGCGCAAUUCUCGCCGAAGAAGAGGCAACUGGAACGAGCACAGAGCACAGAGAUAUACUUACAAAAGCUUGGGUGCCACGGCUCUGGGCGAUCUACGGAUGGCCGGAGCACUGCCCACUAGACGGAAUGGGAACCACCCGGAAUCCUAGGAAAAGCGGAUCUGGAGGGGUCCCUGCGCGGGCAGGAGACUGUUGGAGGUGGCCAGGUGGGAUGGGGGAGAGCCGAAAGGAGAGGAGGGCGAGGAGGGGGUUUAAUGGGGGUCUUGCUGCUUCGGGCGGAAGAGCAGGGGAGCCGAGGUUCUGGUCAGGUGGAAGUGGAAGGUGA